CUAAUUAGAUUGAGAAAUGGAAAGAAUAUCUUUCUUUUUCUUCUCUGAAGAAGUUGAGGUUGAGCGUUAAAGUGUGGAAAACAAAACCUUUUUUUUUUGUUAUCCAUCUGAUACCUCCUUAUUCUUCGGAAAGUACAAAGUAGAGAAAAACAUACACAUACACAUACAUAGUUGUAUCUAACUACUAAGGAAGGAAGUGAAGAACAACACUAUGUUUUCUCCGUCUACACCAUUCCCUUCUAGAAUUCUUCCUUCCCCUUCAGUUAUGAUGCCUCCUCAUGACCAAGCUGCUCCUGCACUUUCUUCUUGGCCUACUACUUUUCCUACCUCCGUUCUUUUACAAGAGCAUCGCGAUGAGUAUAAGCCGCUACUUCAUACGUGUAAUGAAGACAACAAACCACCCCAGGCAACCUUAAACACAAGGGUAACAGAUAUGACCUCUAUUUGUGAGAAAAUCAUUACCGGCGAUGGCGAUGGCGAUGGCCAUGUUGAUGUGUCCGUGCAUAACUGUAUGCAUCAGUUGCAUCUUCGGUGUCAUUUACAGAACUUAUUGGCUUCUUCACCUGAAGAGGAUUUUGUUUCUUCUUCUUCUUCUUCUUCUUCUUCUUCAACUAUGCUGCCUGCUGAUGGUUUCCAAUGGGAUGCACUUACUCUUGCUAAGCAAGCUCUAUCAGCCUCAAAACAAGCCGCUGCAGUUGCUCAAGAGUUGAAAUUGGUUAAAAUUGACGAUGAUGAUUCACUACCUCUUGGACUGGCCGACUCUUCACUUGGAAAGAACAAAAUCGUGAGGUCAAUACGGCUUAAAGAAAGACGAUCUAAACAGAGAAAAGUGUCUAACUCAAAAGUUCUCGAUGACGAAAUGUACCUUACUAAAAAGUCCAAUGUACAAAGAAGGUUACGUUUAGAGAAAAAGUUGAAAGAAGGACUUGACGGAAACCAUGCUCUGCGCUUGUUCUUAUGGAGUCCUGAAACAAAGCAACUUUUGAGCAUUGAAGAAGAAUCUCAAUUGAUUGCUCAAAUACAGGAUUUAUUUAAAUUGAAAGAAACAAAGAUCAAACUUCAGUCUCAUUUUGGAAGGGAACCAACUUUGGCUGAAUGGGCAGAUGGUGUGGGCCUUAGCUGUCGUGACCUUCAGAAACGACUUCAUUGUGGUAACAGAAGCAAAGAUAAACUGAUUCAUGCCAACUUACGCCUGGUAGUUCACAUUGCUAAAUAUUACCAGGGGCGUGGUCUCAGCCUUCAGGACUUAUUGCAGGAGGGAAGUAUGGGCCUUAUGAGGAGUGUCGAAAAGUUCAAACCCCAAGCUGGUUGCCGGUUCAGUACUUAUGCUUACUGGUGGAUAAGGCAAACAAUAAGGAGGGCCUUAUUUCUGCAUUCCAAAACAAUUCGUCUGCCGGAGAAUUUCUACGCCCUUUUGGGCAAGAUUGCGGAAGCAAAGAAAUCAUACAUUAAAGAAGGAAAUCUUCACCCCACCAAAGAAGAAAUAGCAAAGCGAGUAGGAAUUACAGUAGAUAGGUUGGAAAUGUUGCUAUUUUCUACAAGAACUCCACUUUCGAUGGAGCGAGCUGUAUGGGCAGACUCGGACACAACUUUCCAGGAGAUUACUGCAGACUCAUCAAUUGAGAUCCCAAAUGUAUGUGUUGCAAAACAACUAAUGAGGAGCCAUGUACGCAACCUCCUAGGUAUUUUGCCUCCAAAAGAAAGGAAGGUACUCAGGCUAAGAUUUGGUAUUGAAGAUGGUUAUGAGAAAUCUUUGACAGAAAUUGGCAAGGUGUUGGGUGUGUGUAAGGAGAGGGUCAGACAAUUGGAGAGCCAAGCGUUGAACAAGCUCAAGCAGUGCCUUGUUAGUCAACAACUUGAUGCAUAUGUAGACUUAAUAGUAUAGUUGAUCAAUAGCAUACACCAAGGUUGAGCAAUUAUAUUGAUUAUCGUAUAUAUAUAUAUCAUAUUUUAGAUUAUGAAUAUGUGAUAAUAAUUUUGAUAUUCAUAAGUAUAUAUUUGAUAGAAAA